ACAGCCAAAAUAGUAGCCUCGGCGCGGUCUGCUAAACUCUCAUAGAGAAAUGAAUUAGGAUAAAUUCACAUUAUUUACAAAUUCAAAACCAAACUGGGCAAAAUGAAAUGGUGAAAUAAUAGAAUAGUUAUUAGAGGAAUAUAUGUAAUUAUGCGAGCAUCAGCUACAUGGAAGAUUUCGAUGAUACAGGAUUAUUAAAACAUUGAAAUGAAGGUCUUUAUUUUGAUGUUUGUUUUGGCAUGUUGCCAUGGUAACAGUGAAGGACCAGCCAAUCACCUUGUAUUGUUCAAAGAACAUCCGGAUGGCGGCAAAGUAACCAAACCAACCCAGUUUCUUAUCACGAGCAAUUUUAAGGGCCAGGUGACAUUUGAGGAUGCUAGUGAAUUCAGCCUCAUUCUCAAUGCUACUGCUCCAUCAUUAGAAGACCUUGCCAUAGUGAAAUACAACUACACUAAGGCAAUAGAUGGAGCCAUAUUACUGCAAUUGUUAAACAUACCACCUUUGGCUGCAGAUCAUACAAUAGCAUUGGUAGCUGGAAUUAUUCUCGUUGUUACGCUACUUGUCCUUAUCUGCGCUGCUCCCAGCUCUCUCUAUUGGUUGAGAUAUAAACACACUAAGGAUAAACUCAACCCAGAUGCUGUUCAGGCACCCCUUAUACAGGGUGAUGGUGGUCAGCUUCACAGUAAAGGGGGCCCAAUGGUGAGGAUGUCUCCCCCUACACCCCCACCUCAACUCCCCAGUGCUGGAGAGGAGGGGGCUGAGAAUGCACAUGGUAAAGUUCAAAAGAAGCGUAAACUAAAGAAAAAAAUGCCAAAAGAUUCCAGUUCAACAAGCUCGAAAGAUAUCAUCACAAGCGAUGAAGAAUCAGAUGGCCAAUCAAAUCGCUCCCCAAUCAAACUUUACCAGUCGUAUAAAUACAAGCAGCCUCUUCCAGAGCAGAUAGUCUUGCCCCCAACCCCAGAGAUUGGAGCCCCAUUGGCCUCAAGUGAAGGAAUCACAAGUGAAAGUAGCAGUGCUUCUACCUAUGAUAAGAACAAUAAAAGUGGAUAUAGCGAUAGAUAUGAUUUACUGCAAAGGUUAGGUGGUCCAGACCCACGACGUCUGCGUAGCGGCCAUGUUGGGUCUAUGGGGUCUUCAGAAGAAUCCACCACAAGCUCAUGGUCUGAUAUCCAAACGAAGGACACCCUUUUAAAUCGGCGUAGUAAUCCACCAAAUAUGAAUCCGAAGCAGACGAUUUGUGAAAAUGGCAGUCCUGGGCUUAAUGGUAGGCAAGGAGUGAAUAGAAUGAAGAGUGGGGCUGCUCUUGAUGACCCUAUUCCUGGGUCAAGUGAUUCAGACCACACAUUAGAUAAGAACUACAGUAGUGAUUCUAGCACACAGGUACCUGUCAAUGCUAAGAAGAUCUUUGAUAUUGCUAAACAAACAAGGUUUAAAAUAGAUGGCAAUAUAAAGUAUCCCAGUGUGGAGAGUAAUGAUGGCUCUCCAGUCUCCCCAGCAACCAAUGGACCCCAUUGUUUAGCAACAAAUUCAAACAUAGUCAAGAGCCAAAAUAUAAGGCCUGAAAAGCCUCCAAAACCAGCUCGUGCUUUAGUGCCAAAUCAUGUGAAUGGAUCAAAUGUUCCACAACUAACGAAUGCUGUGAAAGUAGAUUUGACAAAGCGUAACAGUGAUGUGAGUGCUUCGUCUGAUUUCUCCACUCUUGGAAGUAGUUCCAGUGUGGAUACAGUUAUCAGAGCUGAAGAACUCGCAAACAAGAAGGACAUUGAUAAUAAGUUAUCCAAACGAAGGUCUAGUUCUCCACCUUUGCCCCCUCCCCCUCCUCCUAUUACAGAGGCAGAAUUAUUACAGAGCCAACCUAUUGAACCAAACAAUCCAUUAUCAACCAAUUCCAACAAGGAUCUUCCAGCUGCACCAAGGCCAGAAGAUGAUAUUGACAUUUGGGAAAAGCGAAACUCAGCACAUUUUAUAUCUGGGAAUUCCUUUGAGUCAACAGGAAGUUCUCAAUCCCAAGAUUCAUCAGGAACAAGCCCUCGACGGCGUCUUCAGAGACUUGAACGUGUCACACCACUAGAUGACUCAAUGUAUAUUGAUCAAAUUGUUGGCAAAAUCAGUGAUGGGAAAUCAUCCUCUCCACAACAUACUGGAAAUCAUAGAGGGGCAAACCAUGUGGGGGAUAAAAAACUCCACAUGACAACACUAGCACUAGUGACAUGUGUUGCACUUAUUACUGGAGUCUACACACAACUGACCAAUCAAGAUGCCGACAACACAACGAUUAAUAUCAUCAUUAGAGCGCCACCUGGUAUCAUACUCAAAGGUUCGUCAGUUUUCUUCAAAAAGGAGGCUGGAAGUUUGAACAAAAAAGGGGUGGAUCCUCAAAGUGAGAUUUGGCUUUAUGAGGUGCACCAGCCCAAGGCGCAGAGUGAGCAGUACUCUUUAUGUCAACUGUCAGGAUGCUCUCAUACAUGUGACGUUAUCUCCAAUGAGUGCAUAUGUCCCCAGGGCAACAUCCUCAUCAGUGGAAAACAGUGUCAAGAGAUCAAUGAGUGUGAGGAUACUGAACAAUAUGUAUGUGAUUUGGAAUCAACAUGUAUUAAUACACCAGGCUCAUAUAUCUGUAAAUGUAAAGAUGGAUAUGUGGAGGUAGAUGGCAAAUGUGAAUUGAGAUGUGACAUCCCAUGUAGGAAUGGAACCUUUGCUCCAAAAUCAUGUGUUCGCAGAAUGGGAAAACCUUGUAAAGUGUGCCAGCCAAAGUGUCAAGAAUCACAGUUUGAACUUUCACCAUGUUGGGAGCAAGGAGAUAGAGCAUGUAAAGACUUAAAGACACUUGGAGGAGCUGAGUUUUCUUCCAAUGCCAUUGUUGAAGAUAGGACAAAAGUUAUAGAUGUUCACACUGGUCUGAAAUAUGCAUCUGAGGAUGGGAAACUGCAUGGUCAAACAUUAAGUUUGGCAAGAGAGGGUUCCAAACUGACAAUUGAGAUAAAGAUAAAGCAGGCCAACCUUGCACCCAUCUUCCAAGCAGCCAAUCACUCUGCAGGCAAUGACAAUGAGGUGUUUCAGGGAGACGUGCUAAUCACUCAGCAGUAUUGUCCUUAUCCAGUGCCAUUUAAGUACCAGUUAUCUAGGAUAUUGUUUAAGGAUGUUUUGAUGAAGGCGGAUUACUAUGAUUGCCAAAAUGGACUGAAUAAGAAUGAACGUUGUGGCUGGUUUGCAAACCCAUCUGAGCCAUGCAUGACACAUAAAUUAUUUGGCAAUUACCCACAAUUCAACAGUCAGAAAUUAAGUGUUGUGUGCACUGAACCAAGUCAACUUACAGAUGUGUUUGGUGUGAGUGACCACAUGGUCCACAAGAAGACGGUCUUUGCAGAAAAAUCUGAGGGAUGCACAAGGAGUAAAGAGAAUUGUGACAAGUGUAUACAAGACUGUGGUAGAGUGCUAUCCAACAAUAGAGAGAGUCCUCCAUGUGAAGUGACAACAGAGAUGAUUGACAAUGGAUAUUCCCCACGUCUACAAUAUUGCCACAACUGUUGCAUUAAACAAAACUGUACUGCAAAGUGUAACAUAUUUACUGUGGCCAGCUGCCAGCCAAUGAGAUGUAUCAAGUCCAAUGUCACUGAGAUAAUACUGUCACCCAUAUUUAACAACCAGAGAACCCAAUUCACAUGCCACAUAGAGAAACAACAAUCUACGAUGUUUGAAAUUGUAUACUCUGUACUCUACAAUGGCCGACCAAUCAAUGGCAAGAGAGUAAAAGUUAUCAAGAAACAUCGUGAGGACAGGGGCCACUUCAAGUACAACUUCCUGCAGGGUUAUUAUGAAUCUAAUGUCUUUGCUCCUGUGGAUUUAGUACGAGGGGACACUGUAGCUCAGAUGAUGUCAGCAGGUCAUUAUGAUGUCACAGGGAAGCAAUUGAAUAGUUCUAGUAUGAGUGGGAAAACCCUAGAUGUUAGACCUGUUACCCCCUUUGCUAUGACUCUUGGGACAUGGAAGCAACAGGGCUGCAACUCUAAUGUACUUGAAAGAAUGAUUAUACCAGAUGAUGGCACUUACAUGAAACAAUCUCCAGAGCUUGACAUGUCUUGGCACACAACCCAUCAAUAUAGAGUCCUUAACAAAACAGCCACUCCAUUUAUAUAUUUCAAUGUUAACAAGAACGAAUCAAUUUUGGAGCCAUUUUUCGAAAAAUCAACCAUCAAAGAUGAUAGCACUUUAUUGGGUUCAUUGACAAGAAAUGAUUCUCAUUGGUCAAUUGAAGUGUCUGGGGAGCUGAAAACCUGCCCUGGGUACAUAUCUGUCAAACUGUUUGACCCUAAUUACCCAGACAUUGCUUUGUAUAACUAUGAUGUUGGAGUAAUGUGCCCAAAGAAAUUUACAAUUAAAUUUGGGGUACCCCUCGGGAAGUCCAUGGGAUAUGAUAAAAGAUUUUUGGUUGUACUGAAUGACUCCCACCGUAAACUUAAACUGACAAUUUAUAGGAAGGCUCCUCCACAAGCACACAAUAAAGAUGCUUCAGAGAGGAUAAGAUCUAGCAGAUCUAGCAGCUCUGUGCUGAGACAAGAUGUGUCUGUAAAUGUGGCCCACCCUGUACUUCUGGUGAUAGGUGCUAUUAUUAUUGGUCUCUCUUGUGUUCUCCUGAUUGGAUAUGUUAAGCAUGCAGAGAAUCCCAAGGUUGAAGGUCAACAUCGUUUUGAAAGACGCCAUCUUGUAGUUGUUGCAGGCUAUGUGACCUACAGAGCUUUCUACAGUCUCUGUAUGACAAUGACUGUCUUGCUGUUGAUUCUAUGUGCAGUCAACAGAAAUCAAGUUUACAAACUUAGCCAAUACUAUCGCUACACAGACUCUGUAAAAGCUCUUCAGGAUCUUGAGAUUGAAAAAUUGCAAGAUCAUCUGGACCAGGAAAUUAAUCGUCAAAACCUAGAAGCUAAUCAGACAAGAUAUGCGUGCCAGUUCCAUCUGCAAAGACUUGAUGACAGAUUAACAAAGUUAGUGAAAGAGAUGGCUCUAGAAGACAACAUUGAUGAUGGAGAGAAGAUAACAGAGGCUGCCACUCAAUAUACAAAGCAUAUGGUUGAGAAACUAACUAAAGACAUGACACAUUUUAGGGACAGGUUCAACACAUAUGCCCAGAAUUCAGCUAUACGACUUCUAGAAGACAUUAAACAGUCUUAUAGGACCAUUGAGGGCAACCACUGGCUAAAAGCUGCUCAUAGCAUGCAUGAAGCCAUCCGUGAUCUACGCUCAGGCUCUGGUGAAGAAACUAAGCCUUUUAUGGAGUGGAUUGGUCUGGAGGAGAACCUAGAGAGUAUGACAGCAGAUCUGACCUUCAAAUCCUUCCCAAUGCUGACAGUUGAUGAUAUUCUCUCACCAUCUACCCAGGAUACGCCUGCAAAACCACCAAAUAAUCCAUCAAGGGACAGCACAUCUCUCCCAACAAACAAAUGGUUCAUUUAUAAAAACAUCACACGAGUACCACCUCAAACCAGGGGGAUUCGCUCCAAGGGGUACAUGGAUAAAUUCCCUGUGGCACUCAUGACACUGGUUGUGUUUGUGGUGUGUGUUGAUAUCAUUUGGUUAGCUCACCGUGCCAUCAGGACUUGGUUAACUGUCAAGUCUGUCUUGAAUGGAUGCCCUACUGUAGUCAAUUGUAUCAAGAAUUUGGAUGAUAGCAGCAGCACCCAAUCAGGGGGCUGGCAGAGUAUAUGCCUCUCUAUCAGACACCUCCAUAUGAAGCUGACUGAUACAGAUGUCAUACCUAAGCUAGUCACUGCUGUAGGUGUAGGUGCAAUAAUGGUCUAUCUUGUGCAGAUUGGUGCAACCUUACUAAGUGUUAACACUCUGGAGUCCAUUGGCUACUUCAACUCACUGAUUCAGCCAGUGGUGACGAGCCACAAAAUGGUAAAUCAAAGAAUUUUAACAGGAGCACAGAGGAUCAAUGAUCUUGAGUUUCCAUUCUUUGAGAAAGUUAUCAAUGCACGACUAAAACGCCACCAACUGGUUCUACAGGCAUUCCAAGAUGCUAAAGAGCACUCCAGAUCUAUAGUUAGGAAAGAGUAUUGUGCUUGGUUGAAAGAGAUUACAGGACAAGAUGAGUCAUGUGAUCAGCAGAAAGGUCAAAACUUUAGAAUGGAAGUCACUAGCUGUGAACUUCCUAAUGUUGGUGCUUACUUCUUUCAAAGUUUGAAUAGAGAUUCCUACAAAAUGGAGGUAAAAUCUCGCAUUUUACCAUUUGUAAAUGCAGGACGUGAAAUCAUCCAGAGUACUUGCCACACAAUCUGCAUCUUCAUUGCCCUUCUAGUCUUGCUGGAUCUCAUGCAUAACACAAUCUGGAUAUGGAUGCAAAGGCUAGGCAUUUUGAGGCAGAAGUUCAUAUAUGCUACAGAUCACUGAACAUUUACUUAGGAGCAGUAGCUAGCCUUUCAAGUACACAGGCAAAGAAGCAUUCACAGAAAUGAUAUCUUCGACUUCAAAGGUGUGAUAACACAGUGGAGCAACUGAAACAAGAUGAAUAAAUGCAAGGAUCAUAUGUAGAAAUGAAAUGACUUUUAUGAGUUUGAGAAAGCCAAUGCUGGGGAUUAAUUUGUGAUGUGACACUACAGCUGAUAAGGAUCGUAGUCUGUUAAUGCUAACAGCUGAGGGACAGUUACUAAUAAUGGGCAACAGCUGAGGGACAGUUACUAAUAAUGGGCAACAGCUGAGGGACAGUUACUAAUAAUGGGCAACAGCUGAG